AUGUUGGGUCGGCCGACCACGGGUUGGCCCAGCUGGGCAUCAAUCACCCGGUCGCCGAUAAUAAAGUGUCCCACGGCCAGCAGGACAGCCUGUGCGGAAUUACGUUACUCAUCCGAUAACACACAUUCAAAACGUCCAGGACCACCAACAUCAAGACUAUCCCGACGAAAGAGUGACGCCCAGACCAGACCCGACGUUCGUCAUCGUCAAGUGGUACUCGGAACUGUGCCCAGUUCUGUCAAACUCGGACGGCGAUACGACACCGUGUACAAGCCGCAGCUGAUGAACGCCGAUACGUUGACGACGCUGCCGGUUGCGUCCCAAACUUAG